GGUGACAACGGACGUCCUCUAUGUCACAUCCUGUUAACCUCUCCCGAUGUUGCGUGUUGCAGGGACGAGUCCCCCGGAAGUCAGCUGGUCACAGACAAGUUCCACGUGGAUUGGGAUUCCGUGUUGAUGAACACGGAUCAUGUGAUCGUGGCGCGCUUCGACGGGCGAGGGAGCGGGUUCCAGGGGCUGAAGAUUCUGCAGGAAGUUCACCGAGGACUCGGAUCUGUGGAAGUGAAGGACCACGUAGCUGCUGUAGAGCGGGUGUUGCGGGAGCCGUAUAUCGAUCCCGACAGACUCAGCAUAUUCGGGAAGGGCUACGGCGGAUACAUCGCGUCUAUGAUCCUGAAGGCCAAUGAUCGCCUCUUCAAAUGUGGAGCGCUGAUCGCCCCGAUCACUGACAUGCGAUUAUAUGCUUCUGCGUUUUCAGAGCGAUACCUGGGAAUGCCGAGCACAGACGAGAACACUUAUCAGGCAUCCAGCGUGCUGCACAACAUUCAGGGCUUCAAAGAGAAGAACCUUUUACUGAUCCACGGCACGGCGGAUGCAAAAGUCCAUUUUCAGCAUUCAGCCGAAUUAAUCAAACAAUUGAUCAAAGCCGGAGUGAAUCACACGACACAGGUCUAUCCAGAUGAAGGUCACAUGAUCUCAUCGGAGAAGAGCCGCUUUCACCUCUACAGCACGCUGCUGCGCUUCUUCAGUGAAUGUUCCCAGGCGGAUGUGCAGGCGGCACCGCAGGAAGUGGAAGAAGAUGAAUGAAGAGCAGAAGAGAUGUUCCUGAAUCCUCAGAGGCCCUCGGGGGUGGGGACUGUAUGGCAUCAGAGGCCCUCGGGGGUGGGGACUGUAUGGCAUCAGAGGCCCUCGGGGGUGGGGACUGUAUGACAUCAGCACACUGGAAAGCCCAACCUGCGGGUCUCCGCGGAAGGAUUUCCGAUCCCGGAUCGGCAGUUUUGGAUACGAUUAGUGUAGUGCAUGUUUUCUUCUGUUCCUCCUCCUCCAAGACGUUGUACUAACCUUUCA